UUAAUAACUCUAUGAAGUGACGCAUAAAUAUUUCAUGUAAAUUUAAUUUUUCCGACACAGUGAUUUGUAGUAUAAUCACAAAGUGUGUGUAUGACGGUGGUAGAUAAGUUAUAUAGUUAAGAAGAUUAUACAUGUCAUAAUAAUAUUCCAGCAUGUCAUCAAUGAGGUGGGUGAUAAGUGGCGGUCGCGCAACGGCGGCGGCGGCGGCCGGCCCCAGUCGCUUGUGGUCGGGUGUCGCGAGAAGAUUGAGCUCGAGUGAUCCGUGUUUGCGAUAUUAUAAUAGGCUUUCGAACGUACGCACCAUGGCAUCUAAAGCAGUUACAAUAGAAAAUUUAAAUCCCAACAUCUUGAAGUUGGAAUACGCGGUGCGUGGACCUUUGGUUAUUCGCGCCGGUGAAAUAGAGAAGGAACUCGAAAAGGGCGCUAAGAAGCCAUUUAAGACGGUGAUCAAAGCCAACAUCGGCGAUGCGCACGCCAUGGGCCAGGCGCCCAUCACCUUCAUCAGACAGGUGCUGGCGUGUGUCGCCUACCCCGACUUCAUAAAGAACAGCGACUUUCCCGCGGACGUGAAGCAGCGCGCACAGGAUAUACUGAAGGGUUGCGGGGGCGGGUCGGUGGGCGCGUACUCGACGUCGCAGGGCAUCGAGCUGGUGCGCCGGCACGUGGCGGAGUACAUAGAGAAGCGCGACGGUCACCCGGCGCGCUGGCAGGACAUCUGUCUCUCCACGGGCGCCUCCACAGCCAUCAAGAACGUGCUCCAGAUGCUCUGCAACAAGAUCGACGGCAAGCCCUCAGGCGUGAUGAUCCCGAUCCCGCAGUACCCGCUGUACUCCGCCUCGCUGGCCGAGUACGGGCUGGAGCAGGUGCGGUACUACCUGGACGAGGAGCGCGGCUGGGGCCUGGACGUGGCCGAGCUGACGCGCGCGCUGCAGCAGGGCAGCAACACGUGCAAGGUGCGCGCGCUCGUCGUCAUCAACCCCGGCAACCCCACCGGACAGGUGCUGACGCGCGCCAACAUCGAGGCGAUAGUGAAGUUCGCGCACGAGCACGGGCUGCUGGUGCUGGCCGACGAGGUGUACCAGAAGAACGUGUACGCGCCCGGCAGCGAGUUCUUCUCCUUCAAGAAGGUGGUGCGGGAGAUGGGCGAGCCGUACAGCUCGGAGCUGGAGGUGGCGUCCUUCAUGUCCGUGAGCAAGGGCUACGUGGGCGAGUGCGGGCUGCGCGGCGGCUGGAUGGAGCUGCUCAACCUGCAGCCCGAGGUGCAGGCGCAGCUGUACAAGUGCAUCUCCGCCAUGCUGUGCCCCACCACGCUCGGACAGACCGCCGUCGACUGCGUGGCGAAGGAGCCGGUGCAGGGAGAUCCCUCGUACGAGCUGUGGUCGCGGGAGAAGGCGGGCGUGCUGACCUCGCUGGCCGAGCGCGCCAACAUGAUCGCUGAGACCUUCAACUCCAUGCAGGGCUUCAAGUGCAACAUCGUGCAGGGCGCCAUGUACGCAUUCCCGCGCAUCGACCUGCCGGAGAAGGCCAUCGCGGCCGCCAAGGCUGAGGGCAAGGCGCCCGACGUCUUCUACGCCUUCCGUCUGCUCGAGGAGACAGGUAUCUGCAUAGUGCCGGGGUCCGGGUUCGGUCAGAGGCCGGGAACUUACCACUUCCGCACAACAAUACUGCCGCAGCCCGCGCUGCUCAGACACAUGCUCCACAGCUUCAAGACCUUCCACGAGAAGUUCACUCAGCAGUACUCAUAGACAUAACUGCUACAUACAGACACAUGUCAAAUUAUGCUUUUGUUGCCUUCAUCAGUGAAAUGGAAAUAGAAUGUAAUUAAUGUAAAACGACUUUGUUUUUUAUAUAUAUUGUGUCUAAUUUUUUCAUAAAAUGUAUACAUCAGGGCACUUGAACUUUACCAUCACGACAUCAUUUG